AAUCAAAAAUAAUUGACAAUCGCAUGAAAACUAAAAAAAUGUCAGUUGCCACAGAGGAUGCAUUAAUAUUCACUUCAAAAGAAAAUGUCUUCAGAGGUCAUUGAGUAUUGCAUAUGCCGACGCAAUAAUGCUGAUGGAUUUAUGAUAUGCUGCGAUAAAUGCAAUGAAUGGUUUCACGGGGAAUGCAUUGGCCUAAAUGAGGAUAUGGGCUUGCUGUAUGAUGUCUACUAUUGUAUUGCUUGCAAGAAGAAAAAUGCAAAGCUAAAAAGUACAUUCAAAACUCCGCCCAUUGCAGCGGCCAGUUUGUCCAUACAUACGGGUGUGGUUUUACCAAACAAAUUGGAUAAAGUCAAGGUGCCAAUUAGUCCUGAGAGACAAAAACCAGAACCACAACAAGAGAUAGUCGCUACGCCAGAGCAAUCUUCUGGGUCUCCAACAAUCGAAAAUACUGUGGAAGUGGCAAUGCCAGUUGUCAGCAUAGAAAACAAAGUCCACGAACGUGAAAAGUUCGUUAAAGGAGAAUCCAAGGGAUGUCAAUGUAAUCUGUAUCUAGAAAGCAGCGAGGAAUCGAAAAAGCGACCAAAAUGCUGGGGCUAUAUGUGUGAUGAGAUUGCCAGACCCAAGUCAAGAUACUGUUCGGACGAAUGUGGCAGUGUGGCGACAGUCACUCGUAUAUUUUCCACCAUGCAGCCUUUGGAUAAUGGCUGGACCAUGCCGCAUCCAAUCUUUACAUUACCAGAUGAUUACAGUGACUCCAAAAGUCCUGAAUCCAAACGAACUGAAAAUGAGAAAUGGACUAAAGAACAGGAAAAUCGAGAUAAAAAGCAAAAGGAAUCCAUCCCUUCUUCUAGCAGUAAGUUCGAAUCCAGCCAUGAUAUUGGUCAAACAAAGAAAAUUAAAAUUCAAGAAUCGUUGCAAGUCGCGCAGUCUGGCAGGAAUAUGACAAAAGAAAGAAGAAACGAAAGUUUGCCACAAAAUUAUUUAAAGAAAUCAAAAGUCAAUGAAGCAGAUGAUAUGUCAUCCAAACAGAAGCUGAAACAUAAAACCAAAUCAACGUCACCAACGAAAAGUAGCUCCAGCGAUCAAAACGAUCUAAAACGAUCUUCUACUUUCUAUGAAGAGGAUUCAUCAAAGCAUUGCUAUUUUCCCUUAAAACGUUGCCGUUUUGGCAAAGAAAAUCCAAAGAAGAGUCAUAAAUUCAGCGAUGAAAAUCAUUCAAAUUUCCUUAGAAUACGCGAUUCCAGGCAAUAAAGUGUAAAAAUCGAUGUCGAUAGGGAAAAUUGGAAAGAUAAAAUAAAUAAAAUAAUUGUACGACUAUCACUGUAAGAAGAUAGAUUUGAAUCUCAUUCUUGAUGUGGAUUUGCCUUCUCAAUUUCAUAAUUGGCUUAGAAUUAAUAUAUCCAAAUGCACGGAUCGGAUUGAAGCACCUUACCAAUGAAUGUUAAACUCUGCUGUAGAUAUAGUUUUUUUUAAAGGAGCCUA